AGUUUCUUUGGCGUCUGGUCCAUGUAUAUCUGAUCCUGUGUUUUGUUUGGAUUCAACAAUCAGUUACGAAUGAUGACAUGUAAAGAUGAUGAAUGCAACGGAGUUUGGUUUUUUUUUUGCUUUUGCUUUUUAUUUUUUCUUGUUAUUGUCCUCUUCCCUAGGUGAUGAUCUUCUACCUGGUAUAAAUUGGAUUGGCAGUUUGCACCCACCAGGACGUUCCUGCUUACUAAGCGUUGAGUCAACUCGCGCAAAAGAGCACGACGGGAACCCCCUUGAGCAGGUCACCACCACAAAGACCAUAUGAUAAGGGUGGGAAAAAUCGGUAGAAAAAAAAAACAAGAAGGAAAAAGAAACAGCCUGUAGUGAUAAGUAGUAUUAUAGUCCUGGCCUCGAGCCAUUACUACUGAGACUCGCGG